AUGUACAAAAACAGACAUUGGAUAUUCCAACAGGACUCUGCACCAGCUCAUAGGGCACGAAGCACGCAAAACUGGUUGACCACCCAUGGAAUUGAAUUUAUCGGACAUGAAGACUGGGUCUCUUCUAGUUCAGAUUUAAACCCACUGGAUUACAAGAUAUGGCAACAUUUGGAGGAGAAAAUCUGCGCUAAACCUCAUCAGAAUUUGGAAUCUCUCCGAGCAUCUUUGGCUAAAGCAGCGGCAGAAAUAGAUAUGAAUGUGAUACGUGCUGCGAUUGAUGAUUGGCCGCGUCGAUUAAGGGCAUGUAUUCAAAAUAGGGGAAGGCAUUUUAAAUAUUGUAAAUAA